ACCAUGGUGGUGAUAGAGACAAUGUCAAUGUCCGUGCUGCAUUGCUUCAUGUUUUGGGUGAUUUCCUCUCUUCGUUAGGUGUUUUGAUCUCUGCUAUAGUAAUUAUGUUCGAUCCAACCAAAGUAUGGGUUGAUCCAAUAUGCACUUUCAUCUUUUCGGCUCUUGUAAUGUUAACAACAUACGGUGUCUUUCGGAGCAGUAUAAGAGUUUUGAUGGAAGAUUUAGAAGCAAUUAAAGGUGUAGAGAGUGUUCAUGAUUUGCAUA